AUGGAGACUGGUGGAGGUCAAGGUUCGGGAGGCAGUAGUCAUGGUUACAGGGUGUGUGUGGUGGAUGCAGCAGUCCUGGUGAUGGCUGGCUGGCACCGCCGUGUCCAUCAGCUGGUUCGCAGGGUGAUGGAGAGGAACAGUCUGCCGGAAGAAGAGGCUACUCAAAGAUUGGCCGCUCAGCCAGAGAACAAGAUGUAUGUUGACCACGCCCACAUCGUUAUCGGGACACAGUGGGACCCGGAGGUCACCAGAGGUCAAGUCGAGAAGGCAUGGCAGCAGGUUUUGAACAGAAUUGAUCAGAAAAAUUAA